GAGGACGCGCUGCCGACGGGGCGGGACACGCAUGCGCAGCCGUGACGUGGUGCCCAUCCGCCGAGCGCUGCGCUCGCUCCGUGCCCGGUAGCGUUGGGCGCCGCCCGGGCCGCGCCGCAGUGUGGGUGAGGUGCGGCAUUCUCAAUGUUCCUGAGUUUUUUGAACGAACAAAUGGAUUAAUGAAGAGCAACUUUACCUCCCUUCCACUCAGUAAAAAUGGAGCGGUUUGGAACAUACUGAGACCUGCCCACACUCUGCUCAGGCCAUGGGCAGUACGGACUUUUUCAGCUCUGCUUCCACCAUCGCUUGUCUUUUGGGGGUAUAAAAGCCCUCCCUGAAAGCGUUCCUUCAGAUCCCUGCUGUUGUGCUGCUCAGGAAUGGUUGCCACAGUGAGGAUUUGGUGCAGUUCCUGUUGAUUCACAACAACCGAGUGACAACGAAGCCCGUGGAAAGGCCCAGAGGGUCAGGAGAAAGGAACAAGUAGGAAGAGGGUGAAAACGCACAAUCCAUUGAACCUUCCCCUCCAGCCCCCCUCACAAAGAAAGGAUUUACAGCUCAACCUUGCACCAGCUGUUCCUCGGCUUUAACAGUCAAGAGAGAAAUAAAUAAAAUUAAAUGGCCACCGCCAGGCAGCCAGCCUAGAUUCUGGUGAAAUCAGGGAGAGUGCUUCUCUACCGCCUCUGGGGAGGAGGAGGAGGAGGAGCAGGCACAGCAGCGCUGCAAGGAAGCUGGGCAGAUCGCUUGUGAGACAGCGGCCGGAGGGGGCUGUGGAUAUCAGAUUGAAAAGGAGAAGUGGUUUCCCCCGAGUGGCUUUUUGCAAGAAGUUUACCGCUAUCUUGCUCUUUCCCAGGGUGCUCGCACGCGUUGUGCUUCUUGCCUCGCUCCUGUCCUGCCUGUGUGGAAAGCUCAUCUUCGUUUCUGGUGGCCGGUGCAAUCCACACGGGGAGCUGCUUUUUGCAUGCUCUCAAGAGCUCGCAGCAUUCCUGCCCCGACAGCUGUUUUAAAUCCAAAUCCGGUUCUCUGUGCUGAAUUUUUUAAUGGUUUUAAGUCUCCCUCCCUGCACCCCUGAACUUUCGCAGGGCAGAGGAUAGCGUGGACUCCUCAGAGCCUCUUGUUCUGGAGACCGUAGUGGACUUCUGCAGACAGCCUGCUCUGCUCAGAGCCCGCUCCAGGACUGACCCAGGAGGCUGGGUCGUGCUUUGGCCCCUUCACUCUCCCCUGCCCUUCUCGCCUUGCUCUGACUCCAGCUGGGCCUGGGCUAUGCUGCAGGGCAGAUUCCCCACCAGAGCUCCAACAUGCCAGCAGCAUCUGGAAAAAGGUUCAAACCCAGCAAAUACGUUCCGGUCUCAGCUGCUGCCAUCUUCCUAGUGGGAGCCACCACCCUCUUCUUUGCCUUCACGUGCCCUUGGCUCAGCCUCUACGUCUCCCCAGUCAUUCCCAUCUACAAUGCUGUCGUCUUCAUCUUCGUGCUGGCCAACUUCAGCAUGGCCACUUUCAUGGAUCCAGGCAUAUUCCCACGAGCUGAGGAAGAUGAAGACAAGGAAGAUGACUUCCGAGCUCCACUUUAUAAGACAGUGGAGAUCAAGGGCAUUCAGGUGCGCAUGAAAUGGUGUGCAACCUGCCGCUUCUACCGGCCACCGCGCUGCUCCCACUGCAGCGUCUGCGACAACUGUGUGGAGGAGUUUGACCAUCACUGCCCCUGGGUGAACAACUGCAUCGGGCGACGCAAUUACCGUUACUUCUUCCUCUUCCUGCUGUCACUCACUACGCACAUCAUGGGAGUGUUUGGCUUUGGUCUGCUUUAUGUCCUCUACCAGGCAGAGCUCUCUGGUGUCCGCAUGGCCGUCACUAUGGCUGUGAUGUGUGUGGCUGGGUUAUUCUUUAUUCCAGUCGUUGGUCUCACUGGUUUCCAUAUUGUUCUAGUGGCACGAGGACGCACAACCAACGAGCAGGUGACAGGCAAGUUCCGAGGUGGUGUCAACCCCUUCACUAAUGGUUGCUGUAAGAACGUGAGCCGGGUCCUGUGUAGCUCCCCAGCCCCCAGGUACCUGGGGCGCCCGAGGGCUGAGCAGACAGUGCUGGUGAGACCCCCCUUCCUGAGGCCUGAGGUAUCAGAUGGCCAAAUCACUGUCAAGAUCAUGGACAACGGUAUCCAGACAGAGCUGAAGAGGACGAAGUCCAAAGGAAGCCUGGAGGUGACGGAGAGCCAGUCUGCUGAUGCCGAACCGCCACCCCCACCUAAGCCAGACCUCAGCCGCUACACGGGCCUGAGGACACACUUAACCCUGGCCACCAAUGAGGACAGCAGCUUGCUAGGCAAGGACAGCCCCCCGACACCCACCAUGUACAAGUACCGGCCUGGAUACAGCAGCAGCAGCAGCUCAGCUGCCCUGCCCCAUUCCACCAGCGCAAAGCUGAGCCGAGUAAACAGCCUGAAAGAGCCCAACUCCAUCGGCGAGGGCGGCCGCAAGCCCAGCUACCGCUCAGAGCCGAGCCUGGAGCCUGAGAGCUUCCGCUCACCCACCUUCGGCAAGAACUUUCCCUUUGAUCCGCUGUCCAGUGGCUCCCGCUCCUCCAGCCUCAAGUCAGCCCAGGGCACGGGCUUUGAGCUGGGCCACUUGCAGUCCAUCCGCUCCGAGGGCACUACGUCCACCUCCUAUAAGAGCCUGGUGAACCAGACGCGCAAUGGGAGCCUGUCGUAUGACAGCCUGCUCACACCUUCUGACAGCCCUGACUUCGAGUCGGUGCAGGCCGGCCCCGAGCCCGACCCACCUGUGGGCUACACGUCGCCCUUCCUCUCGGCCCGCAUCGCCCAGCAGCGAGAGACCGACCUGCACGGCCGCUUUGCUGCCACCGUCUCACCCAAGCAUGUGCCGCCCCGCGAGCCCUCACCCGUGCGCUAUGACAAUCUCUCCCGCCACAUCGUGGCUUCCAUCCAGGAGCGGGAGAAGCUGCUGCAGCAGCCGCCCGCAGCGGGCAGGGAGGACGAUGCGGGGCUGGCAGACUCGGGCAUCCAGUCGACGCCGGGCUCCAGCAACGCCCCCCGCACCAGCUCUUCCUCGGACGAUUCGAAGCGCUCGCCUCUGGGCAAGAAUCCGCUCACCCGCCCGGCCCCUCCCCGCUUUGGCAAGCCUGAGCCCUCUCACGUGCUGCGGGUGCGCUCCCUGGGCUCCCCUGAGCAGCCCGCCGCCCCCCACUUGGGCAAAUCUGUGUCUUACAGCAGCCAAAAACCAGCAGCGUCUCAGGCCAGCGUCCCCGAGGCUGAGGAGGUGGCCUUGCAGCCGCUACUGGCACCAAAAGACGAGAUGCAGAUGAGAACAUCUUACAGCAAGUCCAACGGGCAGCCCAAGAGCUUGAGCUCAGCCACCCCUGGCUCAGGAUCCGUGCCUGUCAGCAGCCCCACACGUGGAGGAGUCAAGAAGGUCUCUGGUGUGGGGGGCACCACGUAUGAGAUCUCGGUAUGAGGGGCAGAGCCGCUCGCCUGCUCACCUCCUGGCUGGGCACCCGCUUGCACCAGAGGGCUCCAUGGGCACAGACGCUCUGCAGUCUCCAGCUGAAGACGGGGAUGAGGAGAUGGGCUGUGGAAGCCCCAGGGGUUUUUUUCCUCCCUCUUUCCACCCCUCCCUGGGACUCAGGCGCUGACUCACACCCCAGGACUGUGUGGGGCAGGGAUGCUGCCCUGGCCAGGUGUGGGGUCGUGGGGGGGGACCAUGUCCCGCAGCCUCGUGCCCUGCCAGCAUUGGCCGGGCAGCCACUUGUGGGCCUUGUGCAAUCAAUCGCUCGCCUAGCGUGGUAGGAAUGGAUUGUUUUUAAACCAGAAUAACUUUUUUUUAUUAUUAUUGUUACGGAUUCUAUUUUUUUUCUCUUUCUGAGUUACCAGGUGUGUGUAUAUAUAAAUAUCUAUAUAUAUAAAUAUAAAUAUUAAAAAAAAGGAAAAAAAAAAAAGAAAAAAGUAAAAAAAAAAAGAAGCAGAAAUUAUAUAUCUUACCCAGAGAGAGGAAGAAACCACCCAUUCCCCUUCCCCACAUGGGCCACCACCUCACAGGGUCCGUACCCAGGGCCCCUGUGCUCGAGGGAUAAGGGGGGGAUUCGCUCAGGGGCUCCUGGGGGUCACGGGGUGCCCAUGUCACACUGGGGCCUGCGGGAUCCUGGACCCUCCUGCUGGGUUCUAUCAUGCUGUGGACCCCCCUCCCGUGUGCUUGGAUCUGGAGCCCCUGUGCCCGGCAUCUCCCACUGGCUACAGAGGUGGUGUGAAGCUGGCGAUGACCGGGGGAGCUGCUGGUGUGCAGGUGAGGGCUGCAGCCUUUCUGCACCUGCACAUUUUGCUCUAUAUUUUGUUUUUUGGUUUUUUUUAGCAUUUCCCCAGGGUUUGUGGUUUUUUUUUCUAUUAUUUUUUUUUUUUAAUGGGUGAUCAGGUUUUUUUUGGCUGUCACGUGGUUAUUUUUAUCUCCAUGUGGGGAAGAGGCACAUCCCUGUCGAGCAAUAUUUUCUCAUCACAUGCCAAAAAACGCAGCCAAGGAGCCCAGUGCUGCCCCGCCACCCCCAGCCCCAUUGGGGAGCCCACCCCGCACCGGGCCCACGCAACUUCACGCACUACUUGACUCUUUCUCUAUGGCAAUAUCUCUCCUGUGGCCUCCGCAGAGCCAUGCCAUUGGUUUUUUGUUUUUUUUUUUAUUAUUAUGAUUAGCCAUUUUAAAAACGAGGAAUAAAAGGAUAUUUAAUGAG